AUGGGAAUACGCAGACUAUGGGAGCGAGUCACUUUAUCUGCUGAAAACCGAACUCUCAAGGAACUCACAGUGUCAGAGCUGAAGACUGAAGAUAUCGAAGGCAACCACAAGCUCCAAUUAUUCAAGAUUGGGAUUGAUGCCAGCCUGUGGAUGCACAGCAUCUGUACUGUCUUUCGGAUCAAUCCUGCAGGAGCCGGAAAGUCGCCAGAAUUGCGGACACUGUUUUUUCGACUGCAGACACUGCUGAAGCUGCUGCUGCAUGCAGUCUUUGUCUUUGAUGGCCUUGAGCGCUUGCCAGACAAAGAUCACAAGGUUAGGAGCAGCCCCCACUGGCUCACCCGUGACUUCCAGCGCAUGCUGGAGUUGUUUGGCUUUCACUGGACUGAAGCCCCGAGUGAAGCUGAGGCAGAUCUGGCUGCCAUGAAUGUCCAUGGCAUCAUUGAUGCUGUGAUGACUGAGGACAGCAAUAUCUUGGUCUUCGGAGCUCUGUGCAUUAUUGGAAGUGCGAAAAACAACAAAAACUAUCUCAACAUCCAGGUGUUCACGGAGGAUGGCCUUGAACAUGGCUGCUCAUUAACCCGAGGAGACCGGCUGCUAAUUGCCCUGCUUGUAGGUGGUGAUUAUGAUGGUGGUGUGCCUGGCUGCAGUAUUGAAAUCACGCACAAGGUGGCACUGCACAGUAAAAUCGGCCAGAUGAUGCUUGAUGCCUUCCUCUCAAUGACACCAGAUGAAUUCUCUGAGCAGGCUAAGGAGCUCAUUGAGGAUCUCCAUACCCUACUUUCUACUAAUCCUUACAAUUCGCUUGAGCGCAGGUACAAGGCAGUUGCGGACCGCAUUCCUCAAGGUUUCCCUCAGCAUGCAGUAGUCAGCAAGUACAUUCACGCUUUCACAUCUUUGUUGGCCGGUGCAGCUGCAUCGCCCUGGGACAUCUCAUUCUAUCAACCAGAUCUCGCGAAUCUUGUGGACUUUUGCCGUCAGCAUUUGGGCUGGGAGGAUGAUGCGAUCAUUGAGAAGAUGUAUGGAGGUAUAUGGGAGGGCACCUAUCUACGUGUGCUAUGCAAGUUGCCACAGCGCUCACCAGACCAGGCAAACCUUCAGCCGAAGCUAAAAGUCCUUUCUCAGUCGACGCCUAUGGCUUUGAGGCAUGACAUCGAUGUUUACAACAUUAAGGUUGACUGUUGGCGCUUGGGGUGUAAUACUCUGGGAAACGCUACUCCUGGGCAGUUGUCUGCCAUGUAUAUACAUGUUCCAAAGGUGAUACUCCAGCACAUGGUACCAGAAGCGGUACAGCAGUAUAUUAGUCUAUAA